AUGGCUACCCCCAAUGUGCUCACCUUUGAUGAUGAGGGUCGUGCUGUCGACUUUGAGGUCUGGGUCGAUGAUCUGCAGCUUUUCCUGCAGUGCGAUAGAAAAGACGGUCUCUCACUGUUCGAUCUCACAUCUGGCGCCUUUGCUGCCCCUACUGCCGAUGCUGACAGUACUGUACGCUCACAGUGGGCAACACGGGAUGCUGCUGCUCGUCUUGCUUUGCGUAGUCACCUGCCGUCCACUGAGUGCGCGCACUUUAGUCAGUACAAGAGUGCUAAGACCUUGUACAACGCUGUAGUUGCACGCUACUCUUCCCCUGCCACUGCUGCCCUUAGUCGCCUCAUGCUGCCGUACCUGUUCCCUGACCUUGCCGCCUUUCCCACAGUCGCUGACCUCAUUACGCACCUCCGCACUAGUGACACCCGCUACCGCGCUGCGCUUCUCACCCGGCUCCCUGACUCCCUUCGCUCGGUCAAGGACCACUUCCUCUCUGUUUGCCCCACCACACUCACCGUUGACCUCCUCGAGGAGCGCCUCCUUGUAGCUAAGAAGAGUAUAGUCGUUGGAGCCUCUCGUGGUGACCCUCGUACCCCCUCCUUUGAGGGGUGCUCCCCCAUUCCCCUUUUGCCCUCUGUUGCCUCUGCUGCUGCUGUCGACCUCGUUGGCACUGAGCCGGUCGGCGCUGCGUCUGCCUCUAGCGGGAGACGCCGCAACGGCAAGGGCAAGGGGGGCAACGGCGCUGGAGGAGCUGGCGGGGGCGGUGGUGGUGGUGGUGGAGGCGGCGGAGGGGGUGGGGGUGGCGGUGGGAGUGGUGGCGGGGGUGGGGGCUUCGGUGGCAGCAGUGGAGGCGGAGGCAGAGGCGGCGGUGGCGAUGGGAGGGGAGGAGGCGUUGGUUGCGGCGGUGGCGGCAGUGGCGCUAGAGCUGGUUGGGGUGGCUCUGUGCAGCGGGGAGGCUUCGGUGGUGGAUGGGGGGGUUGA